AUGCGACAGCUCAAAUUUCACGAACAAAAGCUGCUGAAAAAGCACGACUUUUUGCAAUGGAAGAAUGAGCAUAAUGUGCGCGAAGUCAAGGUGAUGCGCAGGUACCACAUCCAAGACCGUGAUGACUACCAGAAGUACAAUGCGUUGGUCGGCAAGACACGCAGCCUAGCACUGCGUCUCUCGACGCUCCCCGCUCAAGAUGCGUUCCGCGCGCAGCAGGAGUCCAAUCUUCUAAACAAGCUCUACGAUAUGGGGCUGCUUGAUACUGGCGCAAAGAUGAGCGAUAUCACUGAGCGCCUGAACGUGAGUGCAUUUUGUCGGCGGCGCUUGCCGGUCGUUAUGGUACGACUACACUUGAGCGAGAGUGUAUCGCAAGCGGUCAAGUACGUGGAACAAGGUCACGUUCGCGUCGGGCCUGAUACCAUCACCGACCCUGCAUUUUUGGUGACGCGUAACAUGGAAGACUUUGUGACGUGGGUUGACACUAGCAAGAUUCGGCGCGCGAUUGCCAGUUACAACGACGAAUUGGACGACUUUGAUCUUUUAUAG